UUUCAUUCUGUUACAACUAUUCCAGUUACAUUCAAGAAGUCUCUUGCCCAUUCUACAAGUUCGCACAGACUCAUACGACUCCCUAACGGAAUCAAUUGCCUCCUUAUUUCUUCGCCAACUUUGCCAAAGAUCUCAUGCUCGGUAUCUGUCGGAACCGGAAGUUUCAAUGAUCCACCAGAAUUGUUGGGAUUGGCUCAUCUAUGUGAGCAUAUGCUCUUCUUAGGUACCAAAGAGUUCCCUGAACAUAACGGGUUUAGCAAUCUAAUGAACCAAUAUGGAGGAAACUCCAACGCUUUUACCACUGGUGAGAAUACAUGUUUCUUCUUCGAAAUUCCGGUAUCGGCAAAAGACUUUGAUGGUGAAUUGAUAUUAAAUCGGGCUCUCCGCAUGUUUAGCUCUUUCUUCAAGUGCCCUUUAUUUUUUGAAAAAUUCAUUCAAAAUGAGGUUCUGGUAAUACAAAAUGAGCACAACAUUAACUUGGCCGAUUUGGAGAAAAUUAAAUAUCAUGGCUUAAGAAUAAUUAGCAACAAGAAUCAUCCAUUCCAUCAAUUUAGUACAGGCUCUGUACACACCUUAAAAGAACUUCCCCAACUCAGAUCAAUCAAUAUCAAGAAAAAGUUAGUUGAAUACUUCGAAAAGUACUUCACUGGCCCAAAUAUCGGAGUGGCUAUUCUGGGCCCUCAAUCACUAAACUAUCUCCAGAAAUUAAUAUGCUCCAAUUUUGCGGACAUUAAAGAUUUAUUACAAGUAGAUAAGUCAGAACAGACCGAUGCCUAUUUUGAUAGCUCUUCUUCAAGAACUUCUACUAGUUCACUGAAAUGCAUUUUUGACUUCACCAACUUGAAUAGGCUAUUAUUCAUAAAAGGACCUUAUUCAAGCUUCCAAUUGAGUUUUCCUAUUUUGCCCGAGAUUCCUUCCUGUUUUGUCGAAAUUUGGUGCAAUCUUUUGGGUGAUGAAUCUGAAAAUUCGUUGUUUCAUCUAUUAUCAAACCAUCUCGACUACAUCUUGACACUAUUAGUCAGUGAAAGGAAUUUGGCCCAGAAAAACCGGAUUCUAGUUUUGGAUUUCCAAGUCACAAAGAAGGGUUUUAAUAAUUUCACAUCACUUCUCAAAAUUGUUUUAUUUCAUAUAAAUCUGAUAACUGCCCUUCCAGUGGAUUACCUUGCAAAAUAUAUUUCUCAGUUUACUACCAUUUCCAAAAUAAGUUUUUACUAUCAUGAUUUUGAAUCAAUUUCUAUGGAUGGAUUGACCGAAUUGGCAAUGAGGACAAAUGCAGAAAUUUCUGAAUUCGGAUACACCAACAUAUUAAGAGGAACCAAAGAAUUAGAUGACGAAUUUUCAGUGGAUGAGAUCGUCAAUUCAAAAGAAUUCUUUUACCAGAAAGCACUAGAAUGUUUAGCAUUAACCAAAAAGGUUUUCGGGAUGAAUCUGUUUAACAUUAUUAUAAAUUACCCGGAGUCUCGGAUAUUAUCCCUGUUAUUUAAUUAUGAUUUAUUAUUUCUACCGGAAAAUUCAAGAGAACAAGUGGAUCAGCAUUUUAACUUUGAGUACCAACUUUUUCCUAUUAAUUGCAUAAAUAUAUUUCAAGAAAUUCAGUCAGUACCAUUUCAUAUCGGUGAGAGCAAACAGCAAUUCUUCCCAAAAUCCAAUCCCUUUGUCUUUCAUUCUUUAAAAGAAAUAUGCGAUUUGUCACAUAAUCUAGCCAUAGCAUCUACCGCAUAUUGUACGAGCAGUAAUGUUAAUUCCGAACCCAUACUAAUAGUCACUAAUGAUGAAAUGGAGGUCUGGUAUAAGAAAGAGUAUGAACCCAAUACAAACUCGAAAACAACAAUCUCCUUUCAAAUUCAACCAUUUCGAAAUUCAUCUUCUCCCCAUACUCACAUGUGUGUAGAGUUAAUAUGUGCAUUGUUCGGGACCCGACUCAAAGGGAGAAUGUACAAUGCCGAGUUAGUAGGUUACAAAUGGGGUAUAUAUCCAUUGCUAACUGGUAAGGAGUCGAUUUGCAUAAAUUUAAGUGGAGUAACCCUAGGUAUAUUCCGGAUAUUGAAGUUUGUUUUGCAAGAUUUUAAAGAUUUUAUUACCAAAUGCUUAGCGUCCAUCUCUUACAAAGAGUUCAUGAAAGCAAGGAUUAAAUUACGUCAAGAUUACACCAAGAUCAGCAAAGAAAAUGGAAUAUCGCAGGCAAUUUCUGGAUCCCUAAUGUUUUUAGAGGAGAAUAUCUGGACAUUGGAUGAAAGAAUUGACAGUUUAGAUUUGGUAGAUAUCAAAGAUUUAGUGGAUUUCGGAACAAAUCUUUUUGGUGAAAGAUCAUACAUUGAAGUUUUGAUUACUGGAGAUUGUGAAGUAAAUCAGGCAUUCGAGAUUUCGACACAAAUAUCAAGAAUCAAUGAUGGUUCAGCUAGCAAUUCCUCAGUGCGAGAUUCACCAUCUAGCUAUUACAUUUCUCCAGGGAUCAAUUAUGUUUAUACUACAAGUAACUUCAACACAGAGGAUCCCCUGAAUACUUUGUACACAUAUAUCCAAUUUGGGGAGAGGAGCAAUGCGACUGCACAGGCUUAUUGUGAGCUUAUUGCAUAUUACUUGUCCAUGCAUGCGAGCAAUGAAUUGAGGCAAAAAAGACGGUUGGCUUACACAGUUCUUUGCAAUUCAGUACUACAUCGAAAUCUGAUUGGUAUUAAUUUGGUUAUAUUGAGUUCCUCGCAUGAUAACAAAGAGCUUCAGAAGGAAGUCGAAGCAUUCUUCAAUGAUUUGCACCACGAAUUACAGACUUUAACCGAAAAAGAGUUUCGCAACCACAUUUUGCAACCAUUUCUAAGCUUAAGCGUUAAUGGUGGAUCAGAUGAGUCUCUUCCUCAUAAUAUGUGGCAUUCUAUUUCACCGUGCCAACACAGCACCAAUUUUGACAAUGAGUCGAAAAGUAACUUGGACCACAAGCAUAUUUGGGAAAAAAUCUUCAACAAGAGCUAUUCGUUUUCGGGGAAAAUGGGGCACGACGAAUUAGAUAUUGAUUUGUUGAGUAAUUUGACCCGAGAAAAAUUCAUUUCUCUAUUUGAAUCGUACAUAUCCCCUGGAUCGUGCAAAAGAGCUUCAUUAACCAUCAUGGUAGAUAGUACCAUGGAUAGAGCAAAUGCAAAUAAGAGAAUCAUGAGGACCCAGGUGCGUGCGUUUUUGGAUAGCCAGGGAGAAAUCGUGGAUGAUGCCGAACUCGAGACAAUUUUGGAGGCAUGCAAU